GAAACCUUCAUUCUAUUGAUUAGUAUCAUGAGUCAAAAAAAGAAAGGUAUUUUCUAUUGGUUAUUUGAAAAUUGUGCAAAACGAAUUUAAAGUUGAUCAUUCACUUUCCUUUCCUUUUUUUUAUUAGAAAAAACAAAACAAUAAAAAGUUAUAUUCCUUAAACAAUGCAAAAAUCUAAAAUUACUAAUCGAUUAUGUAGACUACCUGGUCGUUUAGAUGGGAAAUUAGUUAUUGUAACUGGUGCAAAUAUUGGUUGUGGACUUGAAUUAAGCGGUGAAUUAGCACGUCGUGGAUGUACUGUAAUUAUGGCAUGUCGAGAUUUAGAAAGAGGAUUUUUAGGAAAAGAAGUUCUACUUGAUCGAUUUGGUGAAAGAAGUCAAGAGAAAUGGAGAAAAUCACCAGCUGGUCCAGGAGUUGAACCAUUUCUUGAUGUUAUUAAAACAGCACAGUUAAUUGUUGAACAUUUGGAUUUAGCUUGUUUAGAAUCCAUUCGUCAUUUUGCUAAAAGCAUUUUAAGUCAAUAUACACGAUUAGAUAUAUUAAUCCAUAAUGCUGGAAUGAUGGCUACUAGUUACAUGGAAACACAUGAUGGAUUUGAAUUACAAAUGGGUGUUAAUCAUUUAGGUCCUGUAUUAUUAACUGAAUUAUUAUUACCAUUAUUAUAUAAUGGUGCACCAUCACGUGUUAUUGUAAUUGCUUCAAAUCUAUAUCAACAAGGUGAUAUUGAUGUGAAUAAUUUAAAUUUACGCGGUGAACAAUAUGGACCAUUUAAAGCAUAUAAUCAAUCAAAAUUAGCUAAUGUUUUAUAUGUUCGUGAAUUAGCUAAACAAUUAGAUGGUUUAAAAGUGAUACCAAUGGCUGUACAUCCUGGUGCAGUAAGAACAGAAAUAUCAAAUACAGGAGAUCAUAGAUAUCAGUUAUUUCUACGUGCUGUUGGUAUAAGUCCAUGGGAAGGUGCACAAACUGCAUUAUAUUGUACAUUAAUUAAUGAUCCAGUACCUGGUGGAUAUUAUUCUAAUUGUGAAAGAGAAGAAUUAACUGAAAAAGCAUUAAAUGAAUCACUUAGUAAAAAAUUAUGGGAUGCAUCACGUGAAAUGGUUGGUUUACCACCGAAUUUAUUAAGUUUACCAUAACAAGAAAAAAAGAAAAAUAAUUCUCACAAUUUUCUUUUCUUUUUUGUUCUUCUUCUUCUUCUUCUUCAUAUUUUGUUAACAUUUUAUGUUGGUUAUUAUUCAUUAAAAGAAUGUUUUUUUUUCACUUUUUUGUUUUACUCAAUAUGUACUCUUAACUUUAUAAUAAUAAUAAUAAUAAUAAUA